AUGUGGUUACAAUUGGUAUACAUAUCAUGUAGUCUGUUGCUGAUCAGAGCUGCUUCAGCUGAAGGCGCGGAACUAAAUAACAUUAACCUAAGUCAAUAUAGAAAGUGUGUUCACCAAAGCGGAGAAGAAGCUAGAUGUGUCAAGAAAUCACUUUGCAAACAGUUGCCUCUUUUGGACGAAAGUAUUGGAUUUACUUAUAGAGAAUUAGUAGCGGGUAGUUGCCCAUACCUUCAAACUUGUUGCCCGGAGAGUCAAAUCAAUCUUACACUGCUGUCACACUAUUUAGUGACGAAACCCGUUGGAUGCGGUUACAGCAACCCUGGUGCCCAUGUUUUGAGAGAAUUGGCGAGCAAUAACGGCUAUGCGGAAUUCGGAGAAUUCCCUUGGAUGGUCGCUUUGUUGAAAAAAAACGUACCUGGUAAUAAAUUUCACGACACAUACAUCGGAGGGGGGACACUUAUAGAUGCUUCAGUGGUUUUGACAGUAGCUCACAAAGUCGAUGAAAUCGCAGCUUUCGAUGUGAAUAUGUUUUUAAUACAUAAGCAUAUCCUUAGACUAAGCUUGACUUUGACGAACAUACACCAAGAUUCAUCAGCAGACCUGUUGGCGUGUCGCGCCGGUGAAUGGAAUAUAAGUACAAUUGACGAAGUCUACCCACAUCAGGACAGAGACGCGAGAAAGAUAAUCAUACACGAACAAUACAAUAGGAUUUACACGCACUACGACUUCGCUCUGAUUAUCUUGGAGAAACCCUUCGAUCUUGAUGACGCCCCUCACAUUGGAGUAGCCUGCCUGGAGCACAGGCCGCCACAAACUGGCACAGAAUGCUACAGCAUGGGAUGGGGAGAAGACUUUAGGACGGGUGAAAAGAAAUAUCCCACCGUACUUAAAAAGCUAAAGCUACCCAUUGUCGAUGGUAACAAAUGUCAGAACCAAUACAGAAACAGUCGUCUAGGUAGCUACUACAAUUUGCACAAGUCAUUCAUUUGCGCUGGCGGAGUACCGAACGUAGACACGUGCUUGGGAGACGGAGGUGCCUCUCUAGUUUGCCCCGUUGCUGACGAGGAAUACAUUCGUUAUUCAGCUGUCGGAAUGGCAAUGUAUGGAUUGGAAUGUGGAAUAAACCUUCCAGGAGUUUACGCCAAAAUACCUGAAGUGUACAACUGGGUGUUAACACAAUUCGUUCUGGAAGGAUUCAACGAUGCAAAAUUUAAAACGUUGUAAUGAACUGCUGAUAUUGGCAACUUGGUGGAAAAGAAAUUGUCUGUAUGGUAAGCGGAUACCACGGCGUAUGGACGUUUGCAACACGAGGAGCAGUACCAGUGCUUUGUCGACCCUAUCCCCGAACUGGAGCUCUGGUUACCUUACUUAACAGUGAAACACAAAACUGUUUGAGAGCAGCGCUAAUUAGCUGUGAUGUUCUGUAAGAUUGAGAUACUUCGAAAUUA